AGGACCCUGACAUUUUCGAUCUUGGACGUCUUCCAUAGAGUUUGUGUGACGAUUUUAUCUGCCAGUGUGUGCAUGUGCUGAGCUCCUACAGUUUCCCACAACUAUCGUCCAUGAAUGAAUGUGGACUGUUUUUAUUCGCCGGGUGUGCCACCUGCCGGUGCGUCACGGCCUCUCUGACCAAUCCUGACGCACUGAUUCUCCGUCCGCCCUUGGAGAUCCCGCGGUGCUCCUCGCAUCGCCGUCCAAUCUACUGCUCGGUGACGGUAGAAGGUGGCGAGUCCCGUUUUGCCUUUUGCCGUUUGCUCUUCAGAUGUGACUACAUUGGACUGCCGUACUGCUGUGCCAAACAUGGACCCGUGACAAGUUUGACAGGAUUGCCAUUUUUCCCCCAAUCUACUUGCACUGCUUCAGACCCGCGCACUCUUAAUGUUAUGAGAAUAUGCCAGGACAUAACAAUGAGCUCAAACAGCACAGACCCUGGUCUCUUCCUGACUGCCAACACCUCUACCCCAGCAGCUGGAGCCUACUCGCAGUCAAAUGCUCUGCACCAAGGAGGAAAUGGAGGAGCCCCCCUGUUGGCCUUUCAUGCCAGUCCCUUUGAUGAUAAUUCCUCUUCCACCAGCAAACUCUUAAACCUCACCUUCGGAUCCCAGAAUGGGAAUGGUACUGCAGCCCUUGAUCCCCUGGGUGGCCACCCUGUGUGGCAGGUUGUUCUCAUUGUCUUGCUGACAGGCAUGUUGUCACUGGUCACCAUCAUCGGCAACAUUCUGGUAGUGGUAUCCUUCAAGGUUAAUCGCCAGCUAAAGACGGUCAAUAACUACUUCCUGCUGAGCUUGGCUGUGGCUGACCUCAUCAUAGGGGUCAUCUCCAUGAACCUGUACACAGCUUAUCUUGUGAUGGGUUACUGGGCAAUGGGCAACUGGGCCUGCGACCUGUGGCUCACUAUAGACUAUGUGGCAAGCAAUGCAUCAGUUAUGAACCUACUGGUCAUCAGCUUUGACCGGUACUUUUCAGUCACCAGGCCUUUGACGUACCGGGCCAAAAGGACCACAAAGCGAGCUGGGAUCAUGAUCGGCCUAGCCUGGUUUGUUUCUCUCGUUCUGUGGGCCCCAGCCAUCCUCCUAUGGCAGUAUUUUGAGGGUAAAAGGACAGUACCACCAAAUGAAUGCUACAUUCAGUUCCUCUCACAGCCCAUUAUAACUUUCUGCACGGCCAUGGCGGCUUUCUACCUGCCUGUGACGAUAAUGAGUGUUCUCUACUGGCGUAUUUACAAGGAGACCCAGAACCGUUCAAAAGAGUUAGCGGGAUUGCAGGGUUCUGGAGGUCGUGGUGGCAUAGGAGGAAGAAGUGGGAAUGGUGGUCGCGAUAGAGCCCGCUUUGUCCAUCAGACAGGAAGUUCUCGAAGUUGCAGCAGCUAUGAGCUGACAAGGUUGCCCCAGAGGAAGAGCACAUGUCAGGAGCUCAUUGGCCGCUUCCACUGCUGGCCUGGGGUUCGUUCUUGGAGACCUGGUAGUACCCGCCAGGGGGAGGGUGAUGCAGACCAGAGCAGCAGCGACAGCUGGAACAACAAUGAUGCUGCCGCCUCAUUGGACCAUUCUGGGUCUUCAGAGGAUGAGGACUGUGGGGGCCGAGAAAUGAUUUCCCAGAGUCAUGCUAUUUUCUCGAUUGUUCUCAGCCUACCUGGCAUAAAGGCUGCUGUCAACUCGCAACUCACCUCAUGUGAGGAUCUGGAUGCAGCCUCAGAGGAGGAUCCUCUCAGGGGGGCAGAAUAUAACCGAGACAGCCUCUCAACACUCACCACCAACACCACUGCCACUACUACUCCAGAUGGAGCAAACAAUUCAGAAAAUAGCUGCCACCAACGCUUCUGCUCACGCAAGCUUCAGUCAAUGCCUACCAUCCAGGCUACCUGUAACCAAGGCUCUCCAGAUGAUCUUCCAACAGCUACCACCACUGCCACUGAUAGCACGACCACCAGCACCACCACCAAAUCUCCCUCUGUCCCGAUGUCCUUCAAAGAGGCAGCUCUGGCGAAGCGUUUUGCAACCCGAGCUCGGACUCAGAUAACCAAGAGGAAGCGCAUGUCCUUAGUGAAGGAAAAGAAGGCAGCUCAAACUCUCAGUGCCAUCCUCUUAGCUUUCAUCAUCACAUGGACACCUUAUAACAUCAUGGUGUUGAUCAAUGCUGUCUGCAAUGAAGUCUGCAUCCCAGGGACCCUGUGGGCAGUAGGGUAUUGGCUGUGCUAUGUCAACAGCACAGUCAAUCCAAUGUGCUACGCCCUGUGCAACAAGACUUUCCGUACAACCUUUAAGAUGAUACUGCUGUGCCGCUGGGACCAGAAAAAAAGGAGGAAGCAGCAGUUCCAGCAGAGGUCAGUGGUCUUCCACAGCAGGAUUCCCAGGGAGUCCACAUAAGGGACAGGAAGUUUGGAUGGUUGAUAACAGGAAAUCAAAGGAUUUAACAUAGGACAAGGAAAAGGAAGAAGCAUCCAUGUAGUUGUUUCUGUGGAGUUUCUUUGCUUAGAGAUUCUAAACAUGUUUCUCGACUGAUAUGUCAAGCAAAGCAAUAUGUGGUGGUCUUGAGGUAUGUGUUUGUGUUGGUGCAUCCAUUUAGCAAAGCUGUUUGUAUACAUAAAGGGUGUGUAUAAGGUGAUGUCCAGAGAUGAAAGUUUUUCCUCUGUCCUUGAAGAACUGCUUACCAUUUCACGCUAGAACAGUCGAAAGAAAAUGAAUGGAGUGGGAAAAUGAUAGAAAAGGGCUUUAAAAUGCAUUGCAGGUGAAUUACUGAAGUGCAAUUGACACAAGGGGAAAGGAUAUCUUUGCCACAGGGUUGGGGAUCCACAUUUCGUAUCAUUUCUCUUUGUGGGUAGCUAGAUCUGUAACGUGCAGAGUGGUUUUGCAUUUCAAACAGAACUAUGUAUCUGUAAUAUGUCACUGAAAGCUAGCGCAAAAACUGUUUUGUGUUCACGGGCUUCUACAUUGUACUGAUUUGACCUGCCAUUUUCUUGACUGGCAUGUGUUUUUAUUAGAACGUCUGUACAUUGCCUUUCUACAUGGAUAUAGCUUUCUUGUGUCUUUCUUGUGGAAUAUUAAAAGCUUCUUUUGUGUCCUUAAUUUCAGAGAAUUUCAGAGACCUGUUUUUUUGUGAUAUUCAUCAUUGAUUUUUCUAGAUAUUCCUGAGAUUUUGAGCCAGUCUGAAGAUGACUCUUCUGAUGAACUGAGUUGUGAAUAUUCUGUGUGGCACCACAGUCAGUGAACUGCUAUUGUGUUCAAUGUGAUUGUUGUGGUUUUUAUGGUGGAGACAAUAAGUACAUUGGUUGUGUUAUAUGUACUUGCAGUUCUCUGUCGAGAGUGAUGAUUAUACAGUGAUGAUAUUCUGUUUGUGUACAUUUGGUAUUUCUGACUUGAUACACAAUGAUUGCAAACACAAAGAUGUCCAUUUAUAAAGAUGUGUGUUCUGAUUUUACACUAUCUUUUACCACUGAAUGACACAUCUAAGGGAUUCUGUGAACAACUGCUCAUCUUUGAUACAGUAGAGCAAUGGCAGCCUCUAGUGGCUUGAGAAAGACAUGUUUUCCUGCCAGUGCAGCUUCCAUAGUGCAGCAUCGAAGUCUCAUUCUGCAAAUAUGAAGACAAGAAAUGUCUACAAUUAUUGAAGGUACAAUAUUAUAACUUUUUAUUAAAACUAUUUUUUGUUUAAUUUCUUUUUUUUCCCUUUCGUUUAAUUUCAUAUUAUUUAUGGGGUGAAGUUUUUCUUCUUCAAAAUUAUUAACCAAACAGACUUACAGGAAUUGUAAUUUGUAAACAGAAUCAAAAGCUGUCUUGGUCUACAGUGCAUCAGGGUUUUUUUUUUAUUCACAAACUGGGCAAACACCAUCUACCAACAUAAAGUCUGCAUACAAGUGUGCAUUUCAGCUUGUGCAAGAAGUUAUUUAAAUUUUUUUAAUACACAUUAUAUUAUUCUUAUCUCAAGUAGUUCAUUUUUACAUUAUUGCCACACCCAAUUCUUAAAUAUUGUGCCGAAGCUAUUGAAGGCACAGCAUAAACUGUAUGACAACCGACAUACUGAAGAAUUUGUGUAUUGGAUGUAUUGUUAGAUGCAACGGACAUACAUGCUAUUGUGACUUAUGUCCUGUACGUAAAAGAGAUGUUAAAAAAAAUAACAAUAAGGAAUUUUAUUUGCUUUCAUCACAAUGUGCUCCAGUGUCAUAAUGCAUUCUUCAUUAAAAUAUGGCAGUUUUGUACUUAAAUAUUGGGAAUGUAAACUACCAAAAUGGUAAACACAAAGAUUUUGUUACAUUUUAAGUAUGCCAAUCAUAUUUUAAGUCAAUAAACAAACUAAAAACUUUUUGACAAAUACUGUUU